CAUAAACAAAACAAGCAUGGUGAAGCGAAGGAGAAUUAAAGUUAAAGUGAAAUAUGUGCCGGUGGAAUUCCAAUCGACGGACUACGACGCUGAUGAUUCGGACAGCGAUGAGUCUGCGGAAAUGCCGUGUCCAGUAAACUCAUCGCAUCCCAAUUACCCGGUUGGAUCGUUAGCUGCUGAUUUGGAAUCAUCACUGGCCAUAUGGAGCUCGAUGAAGGCACAGGGAAAACUUUUGCCGAUCGAUCUGGUAAGAAGUCGGAAGCUCAUGCAGGCUUUACACCAGGAUCUUCAGGUCCUGUGCAGAGAUGCAGAAACUAGACAUCUGCCUAUCAUCGCCACUUGUAAGUACCAGAAAUAUGAACUUUUGAUUAAUAACCCCAACCCUACACAUUCAAGUUAUGAUUCUAAUUCGGUAGAUGAUGAUUCCUUUUCUAAUUUCUCGGAACCCAUCAGUAGAUCAACCCAACACAAUCAGUCUGAUUCAAGAUCAGGAUCCAGAAGUGAAGGAUGUUACCUGAAACAUAACCCUCCCAACAAGAACAAUGAUGAUUCUAGUACUUCCGGUUACAGAACCAUUGAACCUGAUAGCUACAACAAAUUAGAGGAAGAAAUGAUGCGCAUGAUCGAGUGUCUUGUAGAUGCUCGCUUAGAACCCUACUUCGAAAAGGCCAAAUCUUCCAAAGUUCGGAAGAAAACAUAGAAUUUUUAAUGUUGAUUGGUUGAAUUUUCAAAACGGCUUAGAAUAGGUUCAAGGAAUUCGG